UUACUGAUUUUUUCCUCUUUAGAAUAAUGGAAGGUAGCACUGAACAUGGGAAAAAGAAUAAAAAAUCUUCUUUGUUUUUCUUUGCUUGCAACUUCAAGAGAUGUACAUCGAUCAUCGUAUAUUCCUUGGAAUCAUUUUAAGCAAGUACAAACCAUCUGCUCAUCUCCGCCACAACUACCUAACUGUGUUUACUGACACAGUCUUGGAGAUGCUUCAACGCUUCCAAUGGAUAUUCCUUCGAGUAGAAAACGAAUGGAAUAAGAUUACAAAGGGUAGCCCUUUCCUUUGUAUCCUUGUAUUGAUGAAGACAUUGCAUCAAACCUCAUUUUCACCAUCUUGAUAAUAUCUUCUCUAAAUAGAUUUUCCCAACAUCUUGAUAGCUACUUCAGAUCAAACCUAAUUUUCCUCUGACAUCUGUGAAUUAGCUAGCUUCUGGUGUUUGGUGUUUGGUGUUUGGGAUUCAUGGCAGCACAUUAAAGCUUAUUUUUAAAA